UCUAAAAGAAGUGAUUUUUGGUGUUUCUUCUUAACUUUUGCAUAUUUAUAUCUAUAUAUUUGAUUGGUUCUUGUAUUUCUUUUCAGAAAAUUUUCAUUGUCAGGUGUACAAUUUUUUCUCUUAAAGGGAACAGGGCUAUUGCUUUUUGUUUUCCUUAGUUAAAACUCAAUGAUUUGAGAGUGGUAUAAAAACAAAAAACUGAUAUACAAAUAGAUAAAUAGAUAGAUAAAUAUUGUUAAUGGAAGAAGGGAAAGCCAAUAGCAAGUUCAAAAGAUUAUGUGUUUUCUGUGGAAGCAACUUUGGCCACAGAAAAAUCUUCAGCGAGGCUGCUCUUGAAUUGGGCAAUGAACUGGUAAAGAGGAAAAUAGACUUGGUGUAUGGUGGGGGAAGUGUUGGGUUGAUGGGUUUGAUAUCCCAGACUGUCUAUGAUGGAGGGUGUCGUGUUCUUGGGAUAAUUCCAAAAGCUCUCAUGCCCCUUGAGAUAUCAGGAGAAACAGUUGGAGAAGUAAGAACUGUUUUCGACAUGCACGAACGCAAGGCUGAAAUGGCCCGAGAAGCCGAUGGAUUUAUUGCUCUUCCUGGUGGAUAUGGAACAAUGGAAGAGUUGCUGGAAAUGAUAACAUGGUCCCAACUUGGAAUUCACAAGAAAACAGUUGGUUUGCUUAAUGUUGAUGGUUACUACAAUAAUUUGCUUGCUUUAUUUGACAACGGCGUUGAAGAGGGCUUCAUCAAGCCAGGUGCUAGGCAUAUAAUUGUCUCUGCUCCAACAGCCAAAGAACUUUUAGAGAAGAUGGAGCAAUAUACACCUUCCCAUGAACAUGUGGCUCCUCAUGAAAGCUGGCAGAUGGAGCAACUUGGUGAUUAUCCCAAGCAAAUACAUGCAUAAUGAAGCAUUGAUGGUAGGUUCCCCAUUUGUAAUUCCUGGUGUGAUUCAUCAUCAUUGAGUUGUGUACGACAAUCUAUUUGGAUAGUCCAAGUAUUGGUCGUUUACCGUGUACUUUUUAUCACCCAUAAUAAAGGGAUUUGAUCCGAUUAAAAUCAUCUUGGCUGUUUUACAGACA